GGAAACAAGUUAAAUGCAUUAUCUAGCUCCUCAUUUGUCUGCAGAAUGAUUGAUGCUCUGCAAAUUAUGCCAAACUUAAUCUAAAGAAAAAUAAAGAGACCAAAUUAAAGUCAUUUUACUGCAGUAGCCAGUACCGACAGCACAGUUUAAAGACUGCGUUUAAGGCUCAGAGGAAGUUAAACAAGGGGCACAGUAUGCUCCGAUUUAACGGACCUCAGUCUGCACGGUGGUGAGGAAAAAAAAAAAAGAGGGAGGGGAGGUAAGAUUUGAUCACAUGGCCACGAAGUCAUUCUGAAAUUAUGCUAUCGAGGUAUCACCCAAAGAAAUAUAAAAAGUCCUUCACGGUGAGCAGCUGUGUCCGACCAACGAGCAUCUUUUUCAGAGCUUUGAGUGGAACAGCGGGGCCGGUGGAGACAAAACAGAAGACGAGGCGGUGACGGAAGCAAAAAUGUCUAACCAAAGCGAGGUUUUGGUCUCAACCGGGACGAACACCAUCCUGAACACCUCCACUUCGACAGUCUUCCCUUGUGACAAAAUUGCAGCCCAGGACAUAACCUCCAGGGCGAACUAUGUCUACAGCUUCCUGGCGGCACUGGGUUUCGUAGCAGGCUGCUUCCUGUUCUACAGCUUCAUCCAGACGUACAGAGCGCUGAAACGGCUGGCCUGGCUCAACCGUCUGCUCUGGGCCUUCUGUGGCCUCCAGCUGCUGCUUCUGCUCCUCUCUCUGCACGUCGUGGUGCACACUCCUCACUACCUGCACACCACAGGUUUGGGCUGUGCUGCUCUCUCCUUCACCAUAAACACAGUCUCUCUCUGCAGCCUGUUCGUUUUGGUGCUCAUGGCUUACGUCCUGACCCUGGAUCCUCCGUCCCACGCCCUGCUGAGGAAGCCCUGGGUCUGCGGGGCUUUGGUGAGCCUGACCUCUUUUCUGAUUGCUCUGAUGCUGGCUGGGCUUCGAGGACCCAGAGAGGGUAUGCAGGUAGAAGAUAUGUGUUUUAUGGAUCCAGUCGGUGCUGGUGUGUCAUAUGCCGCCGCGAGGUUGUGCCUGGCUUUUCUGAUUCCCUACCUCCUCCAGCUGGGACUUCUCAUGGCUGGCUGCGUCCGGCAGUGGAAAUCCAGAAGACGUUUCCUCUCCGGCUCCGAGGAGGGUCCUGUGUUCCUGACGGUCACUGUGGUCAUGUUUUUCUGCCAGCUUUUCUACAGCGUGGUGCUGGUGAGAGGAGCACAACUCGCUCAGAAGGAGGGGCUGAGCCACCGCGAGCAAGCGUUUCUGACCGUGGCCAGCUUUGUGUUGUUCUCAGGGAGCAGCGCCAGCCUCCUGAUCGUGCUGCUCAUGCACCGGCCGUGCAGAGAGAGUCUCCACAGAGCGCUGAGGCAGCUGAGGGACUGCUGCAGGAGCCCAGGGGCCUCGCAGACCAACAGGAACAUCAUAGCCCCACACAUCGAGAUCACAGACACGCUACAGGAUAUAGAGUGAUAGAGGACAAAACUAAACAAACUCUGCUGAUGCAUCAACAAACUUUCGGAAUCUGAUGUUUAAGACAUUUAAUCUAUCUUUAAAAUGUUUGUUUCUUAAAUGACCAUUUUAAAUGUUUUACAUGCAUGUUUUCUCUUUUUUAGCUUCCAACUAUUUCUUAAAUUUCCUUUUUUGUACUAUUUUAUUUAAAACCUUUGGUGCACAUAUUCCAAAUUGUGCAACAUGUACUUAGUCCUCAGUGCUAAGUCAAUGUUGCAAAAAUGAAAAUAUGUUUAUAAAGUUGUUGUAAUAACUCCUCUCUGAAUGAAACCAUUAAAAGGACUGACUGUU